GUAUGUGUGGGCCGGUCCCUAGGAGGCGCCAAGGAGCUUAAGUACACAUAACUCGCACACGGGAGAGAAAAUGACGAAAGUUCCUCAGGGGUUUGAUUUCAGUUUCCUAAACGAGGAAGAAGCCAGAAAGAUCCUCCAGGUCCUGGAAAGAAAUGAGGAACUCCGAAGGGCAGAGAAGGACAGGAUCAGCAAACUUCAAAAGACAAAGAGGGAUAUCAGAUGGCUUCAGGGAGCAACUGGUGAAUGGUUCGAAGAAAUUCAAAGAAAGAAAUUUUGCAAUGAAACAGAUGUUAGCCAGAUGUUAAAACUACCACUCACAUAUAGACUACGGAAGGGGAUGGCAAAAAAUGAUUCGUUGGAAUUACAAACAUCAAGAUCUAAAAACCUAACCAACCAAAAGCCAUCUGUUUCUUCCCGAAUGAGCAUCCGGUCAUCCUUUGCUUCGCUGUUCUCCUUCAGAAGAUCUGGGAAGGAGACGCUCAAGCUUCAGUCUCAAAGACCAAAAGGGUGUGAUGACCGUGUGGCGCCUCCUGUGUCUGUGAGGGACACAACUGCCGUAGUAUCCGGGGAAUCAAAGGCAAAAAUAUACAAUUCACCAGUUGGAAAUCAGCCAGUUGCCAGUGUGUUUGUCCCUAAGCCAGCCAUCAUGAGGGAGGAGAGUGGCAUACCUCCACCCUGGGAUUCUUCCCUGCUGGAGACUGAGCUUUUUCAAGUUUUAGAUGAUUUGGAUAGCAAGCUGGCCCAGGAACAAUCUGCUGGCUCAGUGAAUACCAGAGUACCAUUCAACUACGGAUCAAGAACCCAGUUCAAACAUUCUCACUUGAGCAGGAACGAGCAUUGUCACAGCGCAGGAAGGCACCAAAACUACCACAGUGAAACUUCCAAUAUGUCCAUCUAUGACAUCCUGAGACCAGGAACUCCUAGAGAAGGUUUCAAAACCUUUUCUCCUAGGACAAAGACAAUUUAUGACAUGUACAGGACCAGGGAGCCCCGAGUCUUAAAAGAGGACUUCAUGCAAAAGAACACAUUUGGUAGCACAUCACUAUGCUUCGACAGCCGGCAGCGGUCAGCUUCCCCCGCUGCAGGGCGUUUCACUGCCAGGAGUUUACACUUUCCAGACGCUACUCAAAACAAGAACAGUUUUACACCAGUAAGGCACCAGCAAAGCCCCAAAAGAACUCCUUUGUCAUCCAUCAUAUGGAAUAGGUCAGAUUCUUCCAGACACAGACUGAAUCCGGAGGAGUCCAGGGCACCGUCGCCAAUGGACAUCGAGCCUGCUGACCAGUACGUGGCUCUGAGGUGUUCUCAGGAGAGUAGGAGGCACGAGUUGUACCAUUCACAGAGCGCUUACCGAAGCAUCCCUCUAAAAGCCUCCAUGGGUAACGCAAUGAGUCCUGACACAUUGGAGAACUCAGAGAAUGUGCCACUCUACCAGCAGAAUAACCCACUCGCAAGGUCUUUCUUCAGCAGUACCUUCCGACAGAGUGGAGAACAGAGAUUUGGACAGAAUUCCUUUUGGAGCCAACAGGAGGAAUAUUCUUUCUGGUCUGACAUACACCAGAGCAGGAAGCCGUUCCUUCCAGACGGGGACUUUGAAAUGAUUUCUGUUGAGGUAAACAGGGCACCAUCUGUUUCCAGCCACCGUGUCCAAUCUCCACCCUGGAAGCCACAUUCUCCUGGCUAUGGAACAUAUGUCUUCAGAGGUCAAGAGGAUCCGCAUUGCUGGAGAUCUGAGCUUCAAACGUCUUCACUGGAGAGCAUGGACACAUCGCAUGUCCAUGAGAACCAAUUUCCACCCCAGUUUUUCACACUGGAUGGUUUUUCCAUGACUGAUCCAAGCUGCCAUAUCCAAUCUUCCGGCCUGGACUGUCAGCAAGGCCACUGUCCUGUAGACGUAGCUGUGGAUGAGGAGUCUCAUUUGUUUGGCAAGGCUCAGACUCUAAAGUCCUCAUUCAGAACUUCCUUCCCCCUGCUUCCUGAUGACAGAAGGGAUUCUCAGAGUCCCAGCUUCCAGAAUUCCACAGUUACUUUGGAGAAAAUGGUCCCUAAUAAGCCAGACCCUCUUCCAGUAAGAAACUGUACAGAAGUCGCUGUGUCUGGUAGCCGUUCGACUGAAUCGCUGGCUCUUACCGAAACCCAACCUAACAUCCCAGCCACAGAAAUGAACACUGAGAAAGACAUGAAUGAAUCUAUUCCAGACGGUGAACAGCUAAACAAGAUGGGCCAGAAAAACAAGGCAAGUGGGUUACCCCAACCUCAUUCACAGACAACAAUCUCUAAUGAUUUACCUGAUUCUCAAAAUGCCCACUCCCAAGACUUAACCGAAAGCGACAGGUUUGUCUUUAAUGAAUCUACCAGAGUAGGUCCCAUAACGUCGCCCAGGGUCUUUUCCAGAAAAGGCACUCCCCAAAUGCACACGUCACAAAGAGAUAAAGCCAAAGACUUGGACAAAGAUCGAGGUUUUCCUAGAAACAGGAAACUUGACUCAGCGGCCUCCCCGACUUCCAUCCAAGAACAUGGAAAGUCGCCGUCUCUUCCCAGCCCAAAUCAAAGCUGUCACCAGACAACAGGAAGUAAUGAAGACAGCCCAGGCAUCAUUAAAAAUAGCCACUGGUGCUUUGAACCCACGGCUACCCAAAAGGCAGAGUCCCCAGAGCAGCCUGCUGUUCUAGAUCUUGAGCAACAACGUCCUUCCACUCAUCCUACCAAUGGCAGCAAGCUGGCCGCCAACCACAGUAUCUCACAUGAAGCUUUGGAUGUGUCCUCCGGUGUACCCCAAGAUUCCUUACCGUUGAGCGAUUCGUUCCUCGAUGCUCUCUUCAUUCCUUCUACUACAGCGCUCUCCAGGAGGCUUUCCGACCAAGAUCCAUCUCAAGAAGAAAGUGAAGAAAAAGACAAGGCUGCAAAGAACCAAAAUCCGUUGGCUGUCAAUUCCACAGAUAGCCAAGAGAGUCAUGACGGGCCUGCUCUUCCGCACGAUGCUGUCCACUGCCAUCCCUACUCUCCCUUCAGAAACGGGAGAGGGAUAGGACAAGUAAGACGCCACGUGUCCUAUAUUGAGGAGCUGGCCAAGACAGAGAAUAGAGCAGCACCCAGAAGCGAAGGCCGUAGCCUCUCUGGGGACCAAAGUAGUGUCAAAGCCCCUGAGCUCAGCACAGUCUAUUGCACCUUGCCAAGAAAACCAGCCAGCUUUCUCAUACACAGCAGACAGCAGGAACGUAAGAUAGCAGGGGCUUCAAUUAGGAACGGGCCACUUCCAUUCCAAAUGAAAAAUAAAGUGGGUUUUCCAACUGGGGAGAGCACAUCUGACAAACCCAGUUCUCCUAAGUCAGUGAGCGAUGCUUCCAAUUCCAUCGUGGGGAUGCCCGAAGCCACCAAGAAGAUGACAGACAGGAAAGCCAUUAGAUCUGCUUCUGUUAGGAAAGGGCCGCUUCCUUUCCUCAUCAAGAGGGCGGUAUCAUGUCCUUCGGGGGAGCCAUGUACCCUGACUGACAGUGGUGAAAGAGCAAAAUCACCGGUCCUGGACGUGGAUGCCCCCGCUGCAAUGCCCAGGCCUCGGGGGAGAGUCUUCAGUUCUCUCGAAGGCGACCCAUCAUCUCCAGAGAGUACCUUCUGUGAAAGACACAACCGAAAGGAACCUGAUCAAGACAACCCUAGAAAGGAUGAUGAGGCACCUGCCCCUGGGAUGAGCUCGCUCACCCUUUCAAACCAAACCCCCAAGCCGCUGUCUGCAGACGCCUCAGGAAAAGAGGGCGGGAAAGCAUUGCAUAAGUUUAAGACAACCAGCAUGUUCUCUGUUUCUGGCGACGAAGAGAAUGUGAACUGUCUCGAGGUGGUUUCAGUAUAUUAUACUCUACCAAGGAAGCCCAGCAAAACGUUCUGCAGCCUCCUUCAGCAGUAUGCGCAAGGUACAGAUUCACUUCGAGAUGCUUUUCAGGGGGAGACUAAAGCAUUGCCUAGUGCUUUAGAAAGCGAUGGGCCAAGUCAUCCCGCACAAGUGCAGUCAGGAAUACCUCCACUGCAGGACCUAAGGAAGCAGGCUGACCCUGCCCCAUGCUGUCUUUCUCACAGCAAUGGAAAGAAGGCUGUCUCCCAAUUACCACACAGGGAGGCUUCCGAAUCUUCCUUAGAGGAAAUGGCUUCUGUGGGGCCAGAUGACUCUCUUCAUAAAGGAGAACCUAAGACCAAAGAGAUUUCCCCAGGUAGCUUAGCUAAAACAGCCACGGAUGACUCACUGAGCAGGAGAAAGAGAGGGGGGGCAUUACCAAGACAGAUCGUACAGAGCCUAUUACUGCCUCAGGAAAAAAGUGCUGGAGAAGACAACGCUAAAAAUCUACAGCCUUCUAAAGGAGGAGACAGUGCGCUCCCUGGUCUCCCAGGCCACUCAGAAGGUAAUGUUGAGAAUUUCCAAACCAGAAGAAAUUCUGGAGCAGGGGGCAUAGCCACCAGAUCAAUAGGAAGUGGAUGGUAUCCUCAGAGAGAUCACAUGACUGUAGUCGUAAACGACAGUUCUAGUGGGUCACAGCCUAGAGAAGCCAGGGGGACAACUGGAGACUGUCAAAACCUGACUGAUAAAAAGCUCCCAGACUCAGAAAGCCAAGUCUUUGCUCUAACCCCAGCAUCGCAUAAGCCGCAGCUUACCGAAGAGGCUCAGUCAGGGGGAACAGAUCAGCAGUCGGAACCCAGAUGGGCAGGAAGUCAGGAAACAAACACAGCAGAGGUGAGGAAGGUUAAAGAUGAAACACAAAAGUUGGCAUGGGAUCAAACUUUACUUCCUGGAGGAAAUAAAACCAACACAGGUGUCCUAGAAACAAAAGAAAACAGAUACUCAGUUAAACACGGAUUGGCAGCCAUGUCUAAAGCAAGCAGAAAAAUCCCAGCUAAGGAAAUGAGUCCCAGAAGACACAUAGCCACUAUUUUCUCCCAAAGCGAAAGCCAGCCUGGCUUUAGGGGGUUAUCUCUUUGUAGAUCAGCGGACAGCCCACUGUCCCCUGAACCUAUUGUAAAGUCCCCAGAGUCCACAGACGAAAGCAGGCUGAUGAAUGUGGACGCAUCAGAGACCCCUCUCCAAGCUACCGCAGUGCCCUACCCAGAACCUCCUUGUCAGCACUACAGCCAGAGGCCUGCCAACAUUUCACAACCACAUCGGGAUGAGUCAAACAGCGCCUUAGAAACACCAUCAAAGAAUGAAGAUUCUAAAGGCCAGAUUUCGGGGCAGUCGGGAGCCCCAGCUCAGCUCACGCUUACCAGCCCCAGAGAAAGAAGCGCUAACCCUCAGCAGAGGUUGAGUCCCCCUUUGCCCCUGGAAUCUGCACAGAAAUCUACAGUAAAGCGGUCCCAUUGUCAGCUGCGCCACUGGAGUGCCCCAUCUCCAGAGCCAGAACCUGAGCCUCACCUCUAUAGGUCAAAGAGUUUAAAAAACGUCAAUGUGCGUGGUGACCGGCUGUGCACAAGCCACCCUCCCAAGGCCAGGGGGCGCCACUUUUCUGAGAACACUUCCUUUGACAAUGCUUUCAGCCAGCUGUCCCUUGAGGAUGACUCCUCCCCCAGCAGGGCUUACAGCCGAAGAUUCAAAUCUUUUUCUGAACUUCCUACCUCUGAUGAAGGCGAAAGUUGGGCUUUGUAUAACAAUAGGACUAGAUCGGGUCCCAAGUCUACCUCCUCCAUUUCCAGGCCUAUCGACUAUGGGAUUUUUGGGAAAGAGCAGCAGCUGGCUUUCUUGGAGAAUGUCAAGCGGUCACUCACGCAAGGAAGACUGUGGAAGCCAAGUUUUCUUAAGAACCCUGGCUUCCUCAAGGAUGAUGUACUCCAUGCUUCCAAACUGUCGCAGUCCAAGCUGUUGGAUUCUGGUGGUGGGUCACCCGAAGAUGGCUUAUUUCCAAGUGAACCACUUAAUAUCUAUGAGGAGGACCCAGUGGACUCAGACUGGGACACAGACACAACCACCGAUGAUGAGUACUACCUGGAUGAGAACGAUAAAGAAUCGGAACUGUGAGACUGCAAGAAACUGUGUAAUAUUACACUUGACUUUUGGCUUUUUACCAAAAAUAUCAUUAUAGUGAGUCUAGAUUUAUAGACAGGUAGAUCUGGUUUGGCCAGUGUCUGCACCAUUCUUUUCUUUUUCAUAUAUAUGUAUUUUUCUUCUGAAUUCUAAGAACAAUGAUCGCUGGUUUUGAGGGAUUUUUGUUUGUUUCUCCUGAUAUUUUCUCCUGGUGCGUUUGAACUUAGCCUUCUUACCUCUUCCCCCAACCCUAUCUCUGAGCCACUUUCCAGUCCUGGCUCUAUCUUCCUCAUGGCUGUUUUUAAGAUCUCUUACACUUAAUAGUUUGGGCACAUGUUAAAACUUGUUACUUGUUAAUUACCGAGCACAGUUGCAAAACCGUACUGCCCCCUCUGUCCACAGCCUGAAUUCAAGAUAUCAAACAUAAGGUAGGGAAAGGGAUAGUCAGGUAGAAUACUGUCCUUGCUCGCGCCCUGUGUUCAUACAGUGCCCACACAGGCACCGGAGGUCAUUGGAGCCAGGAAUGGGAGUACCAGAGGGUUAGGGGUCAUACAGGUGCUGGGAAGCAAACCUGGGUCCUCUGCAAGAGCUGCAAGUGCUCUUAACUGUUGAGUGCCCUCUCCAGCCACGAGAUAAAGGGGAUUGUCCCGAGAACACCCUUGCACUUCAGCAGUGGAAUCUUGACACACAUAUCUAGAGAACAUGUUGAGGUUAAAAAUGGACAGUUAGUCCAUUUAGUCAGGAAUCUCUCUGAAGUCAUUCGUGGCGAUUGGCUGAAUUUUUGAGGGCUAAGUUUUCAUCAGGCCUAGCACUUGGGUGAAGCCAAGCGAUGCAGACAGUGGCUUGGCCACAGAGACAUCGCUAAGGGAUGGAGAGGAGCAGACAGCACAUUACUGCACCAGCUUUGUAGCUGCUCUCUCCGCAGCUGAUUUUUCCCAUCUCUCCAGCCAUGUACGUUUCUCACUUCCUUGUUUUUAGUCCAGACUGGGGCUUCCUAAGCUUUUCUCACUGAAAUUCUUCUCCACUUUUACAUGCCCUCAGGUAUAUACAUAUAUAAAAUAAGUGUGCAAGUCUGACAGUCACUGAUAACUCAAAUUUAUUUUAAAACAGUUCUCUGACUUACACACAGAUUUGUCAUUUGUUUAAGAUAAAAAAACAAACAUAUACCAAUGAGAUAGAUAUCUCAGCUUAUCUAACACAAUACAGCCCAAGAGCAUUCUACUGUGACCCACAGGCUGGGGCAUAUAGUAGUAACAAGCCUUUGGUGCCUGUAAUUGCCUUUGCAUAUGAUCAGAAAUCUUUGCGCAUGUGCAAUAGAAGCAUUGUAGUUCAUGAUAAAUAAUAUCAGAUUCCCCUUCCCUUCCCUUCCUCUACCUCUCUCCCCACACUCUUCUCUUUUCCUCCGCCCAGCACAAGGUGUACAUGCUGUGUGCUUGAACCAGCGCUGCCCUGAGGUCACACCCUACCUGAGCAUUGCAGGAGGAAUGUUCAAUUUCAAAUUAAUUUUUGUCCAAUGCACGUUCAGAAACCUUUUACUGUUGCCAUUUUCCUCAACUGCACAUUUAGUUAGACAACCCUAUAUAGAGUGAGGACCCAUGGUUUAAGAAGCUUUGGGCUAGGACAUUUCUGUUGGGGCAUUUAGUGGGGAUCUUAGACAAAUCCUUAAAAUGCUAGGUCAGAUGUGAUAUCUGGGAAGCACUUGGCUUCUCUGCUGAACCACCUAUUAAACUCUCAGGAACACCUAACUCAGCACUCCUAGUUUAUUUUAAAUAUCUUGUGAUACCUAUUACUUAUUUGGCUUCCUACCUCUUUAGUUGCCCCCUAGACACCCGGAGCUGUCUCUCCUUGUAAUUCAAAGCAAAGGUCUACAUACAGAUGAGGCUGAGGACGAGCUAGACCUGUAGGCAGCAUGGGAUCCCGGGUCACAAUACAGGGAUGGAUUUUGUCUUGUUUUAUAGCUGUUUUAUGACAUGCUUUUAUUUCCCACUGUUCAUCCAGAUGAACUGAAUGAGGGCGGGUGUUGGCAAAGCGUGCAGAGAUCUGGUGCUGGCGUGAAUACAAGGAAGAUCUGUAUGAUUAUUGCCCUUUUAAUCAGCCAUCUGGCCUGAAAGCCCAAUGACAGAGCUCAAAGCUAGUGAAGGUGAGCUCCCUAAUACGGAAGCUUUUCCUUAACCCUGUCCGCUCAGACUUCAAGCUCUAGUCAAUUUAAAGCUUACUUGUUCUUAGCUCAUUCAAACUUGAAUGGUACAGAGUAGCAUUCCAUUUCUUAUUUAAUGAUGUAUGCUUGUGCAUAUGCCUUUCCUCUUUCGCUAUUUAUCUGGUUAUUUAAGUAACUCAUAUAUUAAGACUUUUUGUAUGUAAUUUUAAGAUAGUCCAAGAUAUUUUAACAUUAAAACCCUUGGGUUUUUUUUCUUUAAUGAUCACCAUGAGAUGCUGUUUCCAUAAAUAUUGUGAGUCUACAUGUUUGCUACAAAAGGUGACGUGAAGUUAACUUGCUCUUCACCAAGGUGAGGCUCUGAAUGAGGGACAGCAAGGGAAGAAUGGACAGAGCUUUGGGGCACAGACUCUCUGGGAUAGAGUCUGUUAUCCUCAUUGAAGCCACAGCUUCUCUGCACUGUGUGUGAGGUGCCCUGCCUGUCAGGCCGAGGAAUCAGGGAAACAGUGACUUCGCAAAAACAGAACAGCAAACAUCUUUACUGUUUAUAGCUCCAUGCAGCACUUCGUUAAGGAAGUGUGGCAUAUGUCUGUCUUUGUGUUGUAAUAUGUAAACUGCUUGUUUUUAAUGCUCAUUUUGGGCGUAGCCGUGGUAACUUUAACAACAGUCAUUUUUUAUAUUGUUUUUUUCUAAAAUACGUAAUGAUUAUUAAACUUUCUUGUACAUGGAGUAAAACACUAAUGGAUCAAUACUAAUAAGUGCCUAGGAAAUUAUCAGCUUGCUUCAAUGUUAGGCUAACACAGCUAUAAAUAUUGUGUUAAAUUCACUUAAAAUGGUAUUUAAUAAGAUUGUUUUUUAGAUACCAACCUUCUGAAUGGCUUAUUCUAACAUCGUAAACACAUUCAUUGAUCUUAAUAAAACACUAAUUACUACUGACAAGAGUUUGGUUAAGAAGCUUGAAAAGAGAGACUAUUUUGUACGGGAGAUAAAGACGAGGCACGACGGUGCCGCGAGAAGCCUUCUUAGGUUGUGGAAAAGACGACAGUCAAAUGGAAAAUCACACCUCUGUGAAAACAAAUUCCUUUACUGAAUGCUGGUGUGUCCAAACAGGCCGUACUGUUUAGAGUUUGCUGCCUGUAGUGGAGCUGUAGAAUAUCCUAACUGUACAGUAUAAAUAUGUAAAUAUUUUACUUUGCGAGUACGCAUUACUACUUGUGACUGAUAUUCUGUUCUGAAACAAUAACCCACAAUAAGCACUUUUGUCAAAACUGUCAAAUAAUCAUGUUUUUAUUUCCUCAACUCUGUUUCCAAAGUAUGGAAUAUGUCAGGAGGUGAAAUUUUAAAACAAUGCUUGUGUUGAAAUAAACAACCUGAACAAACA